GAGGAAAGCCAGGGCUCAGAAGGAGCCCGAGCCAUCGCCAGCACCAGCAGCAGCAGCAGCAGCUGCGGUGGCAGAGGCAGCCGAGGAGUAGACGCGGUCCCGGCUGCACAGGCUCUAGGGCAUAGACCCAACUGCAUCCCCGCCCUCCUCCACCCUCAGCACAUUGCAAGGAACCCGGCCGCUGCAGUGAAAUCUGCAGGACAAGGCUGGACAAAGCAAGAUGGCAGGGAUCUUAGCCUGGUUCUGGAACGAGAGGUUCUGGCUGCCCCACAAUGUCACCUGGGCAGAUCUGAAGAACACAGAAGAAGCCACCUUCCCUCAGGCUGAAGAUCUCUAUCUGGCCUUUCCGUUGGCCUUCUUCAUCUUCAUGGUCAGGCUAGUCUUUGAAAGAUUCAUAGCCAAACCAUGUGCCUUAGGGCUUAACAUUCAGGCCAAUGGACCACAGAAAGCCCAGCCUAAUGCCAUUCUGGAAAAGGUCUUCACUGCAAUUACAAAGCAUCCAGAUGAGAAAAGAUUGGAAGGUCUUUCUAAGCAGUUAGACUGGGAUGUUCGCAGUAUCCAGCGCUGGUUUCGACAGAGACGCAACCAGGAGAAGCCUAGCACUCUUACAAGGUUCUGUGAGAGCAUGUGGCGAUUUACAUUUUACCUUUAUGUAUUUACCUAUGGAGUCCGGUUCCUAAAAAAGACACCUUGGCUGUGGAACACAAAACAAUGCUGGUACAAUUAUCCUUAUCAGCCACUGACACCUGAUCUUCAUUACUACUAUAUCCUGGAAUUGUCAUUCUAUUGGUCCUUAAUGUUUUCUCAAUUUACUGACAUCAAAAGAAAGGACUUUGUUAUUAUGUUCCUGCAUCAUCUUGCAACCAUCUCCUUGAUCACCUUUUCAUAUGUCAACAAUAUGGCCAGAGUGGGGACUCUGGUCAUGUGCCUCCAUGAUGCAGCUGAUGCCCUGCUGGAGGCUGCCAAAAUGGCAAAUUAUGCCAAAUUUCAAAAAUUGUGUGACCUCAUGUUUGUCAUGUUUGCAAUAGUCUUCAUCACCACAAGACUUGGUAUAUUUCCUCUCUGGGUAUUAAAUACAACAUUGUUUGAAAGCUGGGAAAUUGUUGGACCCUACCCAUCCUGGUGGGUUUUCAACUUGUUGCUGUUGUUAAUUCAAGUCCUGAACUGCUUCUGGUCUUACUUGAUCAUAAAGAUAGCUUGCAAAGCUAUUUCUAAGGGCAAGGCUGGAAAAUGGAAUCCUUUGCAUGUGUCCAAGGAUGACCGGAGUGAUAUUGAAUCCAGCUCAGAUGAGGAAGAUUCACUGCUUCCUGCAAAGAGCUCACAACAUCCCACCACCAAUACCAAUGGGACCAGCGGCACCAGUGGCACAAAUGGGUACCUCACAGGUGGUCCUUGUGUGGAGGAACACUAAUUACUCUAAACCACAAGACCUGAACAAAGUGAACUCUUUGCUACUGGAAGUAUUUAACUAAGUUGCGAAUGCGGUCCCUUUCCUAUAUCUCAGCAUCAGAAACAAAAAUUAGGAUUAUCAAAGCAUUCUGAUAGUGCACUGCCAUAUUUCCUGUCUGUGAAUGAAGAAGACUUUCCAUUCUCUAUAUGUAGGCAUGCUGUAUGUAUAUGUUAGUGGCCCAAAUGGGAACAGUAUUUUCAUAUGUAAUGUCUUUGAAUAUUAUUUAUUUUUUGUAUUUGUUUGUAAAUCUGUGGACAAAAGGGAACUGCCUCACUCCUUUACUUUGCAAAUUCUUUAUGGAAGAAAGAGAUGCUGUGAUCUCUUCUAUCCCUUUUUGUUGCUGUAGCUUAGAUUGCUAUAAGUAUUUGUCAGCUUGAAUUGUUACUUAUAGUAAGCUAAAGGCAGCUUUGCAGACUGUAGCUCAGCUCCAGAUGUGUUUGCCUCCUUUGUGUUAUAGUGCCGGUUUACAUUGCUGAUCAAUUCACAAUGGCUGUUCUCCCAAUGUAAAGUUUAAACAGGCUGAAUUAGUUUUGUAAGUAGUCUUUCUCUAAUGUGAUCAAUUAGCAGUUCAAAUUAAACAGUGGUUAUUAUAGGGUAUUAUUUUAGCAUUGUUUUUAAAUUAAAUUGGUAGUUAAUUGCAUUAGAAUAGGCUCCAUUACUUGUGUGCAUACUCAUAAUGUAUUUAUGUCAGGGGCUAUGGUAAAUUCCUAGUUGCAGCUUAGUUCUGCCUUGUAAGCUUAACUCGGGCAGGAUCUUGCAUUGCUUUUGGUUCAGCUGAGAAACAUUGCUCAGGUCCAUAGUUAUAAGUGGAGAAUUCACAUUUAAUAUUGAGAAUUUGUCUUUGUGAGCUUGGAAGAAUGAAAGCAGAGCCCACCAGCUCAGAGAUUAGUCAUUAUUGCAUGCAUGCGCAGAAAGGUUUCAGCCAGGCUUUGCUGCUCUCCCUAUAAUUGCUGUAAUAGUCUGCCUUGUCAUGGAAGAAAGCAAGCUGAACGUCUUGCUCAAAUAGAAAAGUCAAUUUUUAGAGCCUUAGAAGAGUUCUCCCAAGUGUUGAGCACUUUAUUGCAUCCAGCUUUUAAAACCCCUAUAGUAUUUGACCUGGACGUGUGUGUGUGUGCGUGUGCCUAUGUAAUAAUUAUGCCUGACAAAAUCAGUAGGAAAAGAAUAUUUGACCACCUUCCUCAUCCAAAAACCAAAAUGAUUUGCUUAUUCUACAAACUAAGUUGUCAGCUUGACCCUCUAAAUCCCAACUUUUUAAACUGUGAGUUGUAAUCCCAUACGGGUCUUUGAAGCAGAAUGUGGGGAGUUGUGAAAUUAUGAUUUAUCAUCAGUAAACAUUGGAUUUUUGUACCUAUUUUAUGUUCCUAUAUGUCCAGAGUCAUAUAAAAAUUUCUCUGGUGAAAAGGGGUUGUGAAUGGAAAAAAGUUUAAGAAGGCCUGCUCUAAAUCCCUCUUUAGAUUUGUUUAGCUCCUAGCAGUUUCCACAGAGCACUAUUCUGAUUGGAAAUUGCUUUCCCCAAUAGUGUCUGGAUCAGCAGCAAGAGAUUUCUUGGCAACAGAUUUGAUUGAACUUCCUUUUGGACAGUGUUAUAAGUGUGAAAAAAGAAGAAAAACGGUAAUAUGAACCAAAGAACUUUUUUUUUUUUAAAUGUAAGUGGGAAGAAAGAAGAAGCAAUAGCUUUUCUUUCUAAUGACAAAAAAAAAAAAAAAAAGAAUUGUCUCAGAAGAUUAUACAUUAAAGAAUUGAAUCUUCCCACUUCUUCAGAAUACAGUUUCUGGUUUAACCCAUACCAAUAGUUGAGGAGAUUUGGAAAGAUAUGAGUCAUUGAGAAAGCAAUAUUCUUACUUCUUAUAGAACCCUAUUACUUUAGGUCUGAAAUGAGGAUGUGUGUAUGUGUAUAUUUGUGCAUUUAUGUUAGUAAUCAAAAAGGAUUAAUAGCACUUGUUUGUCAUCUGAAAAUAUGCUGAAAAUGUGAGCUGUCUUAAAAUAAUGUCAAGCAUGUUAGAAAUAUAAGAAGAGAAAAUUCAUCUUAUAUCUUUUAAAAUAAAGAUAGUAAAGGUGAAAUGUGAUACUGUGCUUUAGUUUCUAUGGUCAAUUUCCAGCCCAGCUGAUUUCUAGCAGAAAUUAUGGGAUGGAAGCAUCAAAUUCUAAGUGUGUAUGGAAAUUGGUCCCAACAAGGCCAUGUGCUCUUCUAUUUGUUUGGAAAAGCAAUUUCAGAAUGAUAAAUUUUGAAAUAUUUGGUGUAGGAAUCAUUGCUUAAAGAUUAGGCAUAUGAUUUCUGAGUGUUUUUCAAGUUAGGUUGUGGAUUAUAUUUUUACCCAGAUAGUUAGCAUGAGAUUUGGGAGGACCCCAAAGAUAGCACCAUACCAGUUGAUUUGAAUCUAAGUCCUUCCAAGAACCUGUGGAUUCAUAUUUCAUUCAGUGCUCUUGGGCAGAGAGUCCUUUUAAUUUAAUAACUUUGAGUUAAUAAAGCUAAUAAGCUAUCUUGAUAAACUAUUAUAUAUAUGUACAAAUAUACAUAUGUGAUAUGCAUAUUAUAUGCUUAUAUGUAUACACAUACAUAUAUAUAUUCUGUUCUGAACCUCCCUUGAGGCUAGGUGAGGGUAAUAUAUAAUAUCUACCAAUACCAUAGCCUUGGAAGCAUAGACUGUAAAUUUAUACAGAUUGAUAGUUUAGCAUAACAUAGUCCUGAGUAGACAUUCCUCCAGUUUACAUUCAUGCCAUUCAUGUAUGUAGGAAAGGGAAAGAUAGAAAAACUUCUAGGAAAAAAAAAAAGGUUUUAUUCCAAAAAGUUAUAAGGUUUUGUGUUUUUUUGACAUUUUAGGAGGAAAAAAAGAAUUAGGUGGUUAGAUUUUGGCCUUGUGUCAAAUUAAACAAUUGAUACAUUUUUAAAAGUGUGACCUGUGUAUUUUGUGUGUACAUUUAUCCAAAAAGCCAAACCAUGCUUAGUCCUGGCCAGUCCUUUUGUAAAGCUUCCACUAUACAUAUCUUUCACUUUACUUUCAUUGUUGGCUUUCCUAUCAUAUUGCUGAUCCAACCAAAAGUUACAGAAAAGCAUAACUUGGUGUGCCUAGAGAGCAGUUUUCUGCCUACAGUAUAUGAGCUGGUUAUAGUUCAUGUUUUCUAGCUUCAUUAGUAGAAUUAGGACUUUGUCUAUUAAUGGAAGUGAGGGAAGUGGGAGGGACAGUUAUUAGUGUUUGAGAUUUAUUUUUAGCUCAGUUUUUGGAGAUAUCCACAUUGUAGACACCUUUCCCCAUGACUUCAUUAACAUCUCAAUCCCAAGUAUGCUGUUAGACACUGCUCUGGGGCAAUUCAGAUAAGGAAAUAGCCUUUUAAUGAAGAUGAAUCUAUGUGGGAAAGGUGGGCAUAUUCCCCAAAAUGCAGCAAGUUGAGAAAAGAAAAAUUUCAGAUCUCUAUCAGUCAAAAAUGGAAAAGGAACAUUAAAAAAUGUUCAAUUUUUUUGCCAAAAUUAAUAACCCUAAGUAUUUGAUAGAGUUUAAUUUUUCUAUUUUCUAUUCCAUUCCAUUCUCCAAUCCAUAAUAGAAAGAGUCUGAGCCUUUUACAGCAAUAUCAGUGUUAUUUGGUCUGAAAUAAAAAAGUCAUUAUUAUUUCAGUUGGCCCAACCCUGUCUUAUAGAACUGUUCAUAAAGAAAGCCAAGAGGUAAAAAAUCAUUCACUUAUGCAUGGAAAGCAGUUUUUACUCAGACACUUCUAUCAUAAUCUAAAAAAAAUCUGCUAGUCUUCAUGUCCAUUCUUAUAAGAUUUUAAUUAUUUAAAAAUUAAAUCAAUACAAAAUAAUUCUAAAGACUAAAUUUUUGUUAGUAUAUUCCCCAGGGUUGUGAUUAUAUUCUAAUGAGAUAAUAUAUAUGAAACAUUUUAUAAACUUUAAAAUGUUAUAUAAACAUAAAUUAUUUAUUGUUAUUAUAAUUAGCAGAGAUGCUUCAAGAUAUCCUUUAGAAACAAGAAAACAUGUAUUCACAAUCCCUAGUAGGGUUUAAGGUCUUGAAAUGUCCCUGGCCCCCUUUUCCUCAAGUCUUAUGCUGACAGUGACCUCCAGGCUUCUGUUCUGUAUGUUUAUCAUAGAUCAAGGAAGUAAUUGCUGGGGCACAUUGUCAUUCAGGUAAUGUCCAAAAAAAAAUAAUAAUAAUAAAAUUCUUGUCAACUUGGUCUGAAAGAGACCAAAGGAAGUCCCUUUUAGUCCCUAUCAAACCUGCAUAGAAAAAUAAAUUCACUUGUCUCAUUAGCCUUGCCCAUUACAUACUAGAAAGAACUGACCAGGUUUUCAUAAACAACCUUUGGAGUCAUCAAAGAUGCAGUAAAAUAAUGACCGGAAAGAGCUUGUGACCUCCAGAAUUGACUUGCUUCUGUCAGUAAAAUGAAAUUGUGCCAUUCUCAGAAUACUAAAAAGACUCUUCUGCUUCAUUCUUGCCAAUUUUUAACAACAUCAGCAACAACUAUAACAAAAAACCCACAUCUUCAAAGCCAUAUUCUGCCUUCACCUCUAACAGGCAGCAGCACUUAGCACAAUGCCCACCUUAUAGUAUUCAGAAAAUGUAUAUGCUAUAAUAAAAUGCUUACCCAAGAGGAAGCUGAGUCUUUCCACUUGAAAGCCUAAGAUAGUAAGAAACAGGUAUUAUUCUCAUUUUAAAAAGAAGGAAAUUGAGGCUCAAAAAGACUUGCACAGGGUCAUGGGUCAAACACAACCAGUAAAUAAAAGGGAAAGGGGUCAACUUGUUUUCUAGAUUAUUGCAAUGGAUAGAGCACCAGUCCAAGAAUCAAGAGAAUCUGAGUUCAAAUACGACUUCAGGCACUCAUUAGAGAUGUAAUCCUGGGCAAGUCACUUAACCCAGAUUGCUGGAAAAUAAAUUAAAAGACCUGGGAUUUGACCCUAGUUCUUUGUGUCUGUAAGGCGUACUAUUUCUGUAAAGCCACCCUGCCUGUCUGUAUUUGGAAGUAUUUGCUUCUGGUAUUUUUUAAUAGGGAAAAUUAUACUAAUGUUCAUUGAAAAUGUCACAUAAUCAUCAAAGAAUUCUCCAAAGUUCCAACAGUGUACUUAGAAGGCAUUUUGGAAGUGGAGAAGGGGAAAAUAUUCUGUUUGAUUUCUGUCUGAACCCCCAAAUCAAGAAUAAAAGUACUGAAAAAUAAGCACCCCCCCAAAACAAAAGGAAAAAAAAACUUGUAUAAGCAAAUAUACAGAAAUAAUCAGCACAUAAUGCCUUUAACUCAAUAUGAUUAGACACUUAAGAUUGUACAGGAAGUGGGGGCAAAGGAUGCUACUGUUUAUCUCAAAAAGAAUUAAAUCCUUCCAGUCUCCUGUUACUUUCAAUAAAAGAAAGACAGGAUAUUGUCCCUCUUAUGCCAUUGAUUCUUUGAUAGGUUUUCAAAUACUCAUUUGCCACACUUCCUCCUUCAUGUGAUUCCAUUUGUCUGAACUGUGUUGCAUUUUUGUGAACUGCUUUGUCACACACUGUGUCCACUCCCUUUCCAUACAAACUUGACUCACCCCUACUUUCCAGAAUACUGUAAACUGCAGUUGCCUUGACAGGAGCUGUCUAUGUGAUUUUUAUGUUGAGUAGGAAACAGUGUUUCAUCAAAAGGACUUUUCUUUUCAGAGUUGCCAUGAAGGCUUUAGAAACCAGAAUUGACGGAACUGACUUUAGAAAACUGGAGACUUCAGAUAGUAGCUGCAAAGAACACGGUUUGGAUGUGUCUAGAGAUUUUGAAGUCUUGUUUGCACAGACAUAUACCUCCAUUGUCAUUUUUGUCACGGUGCAUUUGGGGUGUAGUAUUGUUCUUUUAGCCUGAAGUGAGGAAUGGAGCAGAUGACAUGUUAUUCAGACAGAAUUGUAUUUGAGCAGCUCUCACAAAUAGAGUGAAGUAUAGUUAGCUUAUUAGAAUUCUUUUAUUAUAUUGAUAUUGUGCAUAACUGAAUUUUGGGAGUUACUUUGUGUUUUGAUGAUUUUUUUAAUAUGAAAAAUGUAAUUAUUCAUCAUUGAAUCUCUGGAACCAAUCAUUAUUGUGGAUUAUUUUACUUUGAAAACACUUUCAUAAUAAAGAUAAGUAUUAAAAAUGUA